CGAUUGAUUACGGAUUACGGAUUCAUUCAUUCAUUGAUUGAUCACGUGUGAAUCAACCACCUUUGAAGAUUCAAACUGCAAAUUGAAAAACUUUUUUUUUUCUUCACCAAACAUGACUCUCACUGAUCAUUGGCCACCACCGACGCAUCGCACUACAGGAAAUCCCCGCCACCAUCAUGAUGAUAUUAAUUUAGCCGAACAAUCAACAAUGAUGAUGAUGAUGGUGGGAAUGGAAUCACCACCACCACCGCCUUUGGACAACGGUGUUAGACAAACACAAACAACAACAACAACAACCGACGAUAGUGAUGAUCAUCAUUGUUUAGAAACAUCAAAACGUUCAUUUUCAGCUUGUACACUUUCAUUAACCGAUUCUGAUCGAUCAUAUUCAUCAACAUCAACAUCAACAACAAAUGAUCAACAAUUCAGUACAGGAUAUUUUGAACGAAAAUCAUAUCGUCCAUUUCGUUCAAAUGAAGAAUAUCUGAUUGCAAUGAAAGAAGAUCUUGCUGAAUGGUUAAAUACAUUGUAUGGAUUGGAUUUAACAUGUGAUAAUUUUCUGCAACGUUUAGAAACCGGUGUUAUACUGUGCCAACAUGCCAAUUCUGUAUUGCGUAAAGCACGUGAAUGGCGUAUGUUAAACGAUGGAAACGCAAACGCUAACGCAACCAACAAUGGUUAUUCUUCAUUACUUUCAUUGCAAUCAUUUAAUUCUGCAACAAAUUCAUCAUCAUCAUCAUCGACUGCCAUGAAUAGUGAUAUUGCCAUCAUCAACGAUCAUCAGCAACAGCAACAUUGGUCAUCGAAUGAUAAUCGUCAAAUGGUACCAAUCAAAUUGAAUGCAUUACCCGGAACAUUUCAAUCACGUGAUAAUGUUGCAAAUUUUAUUGAAUGGUGUCGCCGAAUACAAAUUCAUGAAUGUUUAUUAUUUGAAACAGAAGAUUUGGUUGGUAGGAAAAAUGAAAAAAGUUUCAUACUUUGUUUGUUGGAAGUUGCACGUUAUGGUGCUAAAUUCGGUGUACUUGCACCAACACUUGUCCAAUUUGAACAAGAAAUUGAUCAAGAAAUUGAAAAAGAUCAACAACAACAAAAUAUGGGCCAUUCACAAAUACCAUAUAUGAUACAACAAAAACAUCCAUCCGGAUAUGAUAUUGGUUGUAACAUCGAUGAUGAUGAUGAUGAUACAAUACCAUCACAGCCACAACAGCAGAUAAUCAACAAUGAUCUCGAAUCUUUACACGAAAAGGUUGUAAAUUUAUUAUCACGUUGUACGUGUCCAGUACAAUUUUAUUUGGAACAUUUAUCCGAAGGAAAAUAUCGUAUCGGUGAUACACGUACAUUAAUUUUUGUUCGGAUCUUACGUAAUCAUGUUAUGGUUCGUGUUGGUGGUGGAUGGGAUACAUUGGAACAUUAUCUGGAAAAACAUGAUCCAUGUCGUUGUCGUUUUGGUCAUCAUCGCAAUACAGGUUCCGCACGAGUUUCAUUACCUUAUUCAUCAUCGAAUUUAAAUCACGUGACACCAGUACAUCAGCGGAAUCAGUCGCAGCAGCAGCCGCAAUCAAUUACAAUGCAGGUUACACUUGAUAGACCUGAUUCAUCGAUUCGGUUUGGUGGUAAUCAUCAUCAGUCAUCGCCAAUUGCUGCACGUCGUUUGUUUGUCGGUCAACAACAACAACGAUCAAAGCAUCAUGGUAACAAUGAUCAGCAACAACAUUACCACCAAAAUCCACAUCAUUCAAUGAUAAUGAAUGGACGUCGAUCAUCAAUAUCAUCAAAUGAAUCGCAUCAAACAUCUGUAUCAUCAUCAUCAUCGUGUUCUUUGACUGAUCAUCCUAAUCAUCAUCAUAAUGGAUCGUCAACAAUAGUACCACCAACAACAACAGUUGAUGAACAAUUUGCCAUACCUGAUCGCAAUAAUAAUAUCAAAGGGUUAAUGGCUGCCAGUAAUCAUCGACCUAUGGUAAUCGUUGAUCAAACAACCAAAACAACACCUAUACCUGCCAUACGCAGACGACAGCAACAAACAUCGCAGCAGCAGCAGCUGUUGCAGCAACAACCUGCAAUAACCAAUAGAUUACGUCGUCAAUCGAUUGAAAAUGAUAAAAUAUCUAAUAUGACGCCCACCAAUACGCCUACCACAUCAUCACGUAUACCGACAACAAUUGCAGCAAUAAAAAAUCUAAGCAAUAAUAAUCGAUUAAAUGGACGAUUUAUACCUGCAACAACAAAUAAAUUAUCAUCAUCAUUAUUAACACCUGCACAUAAAACCAAAUCUACCUCUAUUUGUUCAUUGGUUUCUUCAGGUUCCAGUGGUGGUGGUUCUCGUAUUCCAACCCCUUCAUCAUCAUCAUCGCUGAGUAUGGAUCAUAGAAAAUUUCUAACAAAUUAUUCGACGAUGGCAACACCGCAGCAACAACAACAUUAUUCCAGUCAUAAUAUCUAUCUAGCUUGUUCGGGACAAACAACAACAGGUUCGGUUGAUCAAAAUGGAUCAUCAAAAUCCAAAUCAACAACAUUGCAGAACAAAAUUCAAAAUCGUCAUCAACAGCAACUGCAAUCAGCAACGCCAAUGCGACGUUAUAACGGUGGUGGUGGUGGUGGUGGUUAUAAUAAAUUAAAUAAAUCUACAUAUGAUUUAUCGGCUAGUCGUUCGAUGGUAAAUGAUCAUCAUUCACCGUCAUUAUUAUCAUCAAAUAAAGUGCCAAAUGGCCAUCAUCAUCAAUAUGAUGGUGGCCGUCAUCGCAAUAAUGGUAAUUCGUCAUCAAGUUUACCACGAACACGAUCGAUUGCAACGAUUGCAGCAACAUCGACUACGGCAACAGCUGCUGCAGCAUCAGCAGCAACAUUAUCGCAAUCAAAUUCAAAAAAACGUUCGAAUGAUGUUGAUCUAACUGCCGGAACGACAACGAAAAUGAUCAUCGGUAAAAAACAACCACAGCAACAUGGUGGAAGUAUAACUAGUCUUAAUUCAGCUGGAUCUACUGAAUGUGGAACUACUUCCAGUGGAUCAUCGAAUGGAUCAUUAAAUGAACAACAGCAGCAACAACAAUCAUCGAAAGCCAAUCAAAAGAUUCAGCAAUCAAAUGGAUUGCAGCAACCAAAUGUAUCGACAACAACGAAAUAUAUUGAUGCAACAAAAACUAUCACAAAACCUGGAUCAUCUGGAUCCGGAUCAUCAUUGGUACAAGUUUGCUCCUGGAUCGAACGUAAUCAUUAACACUUUCUCUCUGUUGACUUUGUACACACUUUUUUAACCCUUUUUACACCAAAAAAAACAAAACAAAAUUUUUUUUUGCUUUUCAAUUUUUUGUUUCAUCGGUUUUUUCUUCUUUAACGGGCAUUCGUUAUCUGAUUUUAUCUUU